AUGUGCCACUUUCGGGUCUCCUCACACUGCUGCCAGGUCCAUACUGAUUCAUGGCCCCCUGCCUCUGUAUGGCCUUCAAUUUAAGCUGCUUACGCUUCGCCACUCUGCCAUGGGCCCCUGUACCGCCUCCUCUUGCUGCUGCCAGGUCCAGAGUGUGUCAUGGGUCCCUGUACGGCCUCCCAUUGCUGCUGACUUCAUCGCCACACUCUGCCAUGUGCCACUUUCAGGUCUCCUUACACUGUUGGUGGGUUCCAUUUUGUGAUAGGGUGCUGUAUGGCCUUCCAUUGCUGCUGCCUCCACCGCCACCCUGCGCCAUGUGCCUC